AUUUUACCCAUCCUUUCGUCUUUAAAAUUAGAAAAUCUAGGGUUUUGUUUUUUGUUUGCCUCAAGAGCUUUCUUCUUUGUGUGGUUGUCCCCUCCACAAUGGAUAUGGAUGUGUUUAAUGGUUGGGAGAGAUCAUCAAGAUUUGAAGAUGAAACCGCAAUGCCACCUGGGUUUAGGUUUCAUCCUACCGAUGAAGAGCUCAUCACUUACUACCUCCUCAAGAAAGUCCUCGACUCCAAUUUCUCAUGUGCCGCCAUUUCUCAAGUUGAUCUCAACAAGUCUGAGCCUUGGGAACUUCCUGAGAAAGCGAAGAUGGGGGAGAAAGAGUGGUACUUCUUCACACUAAGAGACCGAAAGUACCCAACGGGACUGAGGACGAACAGAGCAACAGAAGCUGGUUACUGGAAAGCUACUGGUAAAGACAGAGAGAUCAAAAGCUCAAAGACAAACUCGCUUCUCGGAAUGAAGAAAACUCUCGUCUUUUACAAAGGCAGAGCUCCUAAAGGUGAGAAAAGCUGUUGGGUCAUGCAUGAGUAUCGCCUCGAUGGAAAGUUCUCUUACCAUUACAUCACUUCCUCCGCUAAGGAUGAAUGGGUUCUCUCUAAAGUCUGUCUGAAAAGCAGUGUUGUCAGUAGAGAGACCAAACUGAAUAUUUCUUCCGGCGGUGUCAACUGCUCCUCUUCCGCCAGUUCUUUAAUUGCUCCGAUGAUCGAUGCCGCCUUUGCGAAGGAGCACGUGUCCUGUUUCUCCAAUACCUCUGCAGCUCAUGCUGCUGCUGAUGCGAGCUUUCCUCCUACUUACCUUCCCGCUCCAUCUCCUUCUCUGCCACGUCAGCCUCGCUUCUUUAGUGAUGACGUGGCUUUUGGUCAGUUUAUGGAUGUGGGAGCUUCUUCUGGUCAGUUCAGCAUCGACGCUGCGUUUUUACCAAAUCUACCUUCUCUGCCUCCGACGGUGUUUACACCUCCUUCUCAUCAGUCGUUCGGAAUGUACGGUGGCUCCGCACUGAGUUCCUCCUGGCCGUUUGCUCUCUGAUGAUAUCUUUAUGCGGUCACAAAGCUUAUCUCUCUCUGCCUUUUAUGGAUUCGAUUCAAGGAAAACUAGACUUUCGUUUUAAUUAAAAUGGUUUGUGUUAGUCUCGAAUCAUGUAGCUGUCGUCGCGUUUUGUGUUAUGUGUACGUGUUUGUGAUGUCCUUAUGCUUGUUUUUUAAAUAACAAUGACUUUCGGUGUGAAGUAAAUUUCUGAAAUUCAUUUUGCUUACAACUA